AUGGUGGAAGCUCAGUUUGAGGAAGAAGAUGAAGGGAGGAGACGGGAGUGGGUACAAGAAGGGCUGUGGACGGAGGAAGAAGACAGAGUUUUGAUGGAAUACAUUAGGGUUCAUGGAAGACGCCACUGGAACCGCAUUUCCAAAGUCACUGGUUUAAUGAGGAGUGGGAAGAGCUGCAGAUUAAGGUGGCUGAACUAUCUCAGCCCAAACGUCAAACAUGGAAGUUUCUCUGAAGAAGAAGACGAUCUCAUCAUUCGCCUUCACAAUCUCCUUGGAAACAGGUGGUCUCUAAUUGCAGGCAGGGUACCUGGAAGAACAGACAACCAAGUAAAAAAUCAUUGGAACACUCAUUUGUGCAAGAAACUUGGUAUCACUAGGCCGACAAAAAAACCCAUUAAGGACAAAGUAUCUUUUGAACCUAAGGCUUCACAGUCAAAAGAGACCCAAAAUGUUCACAUAUCUUCCAAUUCUAUGCCUAUUAUUCCUCUCACUCUCAAUAAUAAAUCCAAAGAAACUGAGAUAAAAGAGCAAGGAAGCUAUGUCAACAACCAUCCCAUGGCAAGUAUCGAAGAAGCACAACAUUAUUGGCUACCUGCAGAAAAUGAUCACUUUGACCAAACUUUUAUGUUUGGUCAUGAUCAUACUUUUGUCCUACAUAGUCCUCCUAGCUUGAUGGAAUUCUUUGAUGAAUUCGAUAUAAUUUAGCGUGUACUAAAUUGAACGGUUGGAUUUGAUAAAUAAUGAAUAGAUAUAUCGA